CUGACCACCAACACCACCGUGUUUCCUUACUCUUCGUCCUGCCAGUUGAGUUUGGCGGUACAUAUCAGAGAGAGGAAGGGGAGGAAAAGAAGGAAAAGAAGGAAAAAGAAGGAAAAAAGUCUACUAAACGCUGACGAAUUCUCUGCUAACUACUUGUUCUUGGUUGCCUUUAGCUAUACAGAUCAACGGGGAGUUCACUCGUUAUACUUCUCAACCUGUCUACAACCGCCCGCCAUCACGACCCCCGCCGAACGGAAAAACAAACCACGUAGAACCCCGUUCCCUGCAGGAGCCAUUCCGUCUCCCCCGUAUUUUCCGGUUCCUCACUUAGUCAUAACGUUGCCUGGAAAUCUUCGAAACUCGACAUAUCUCCGUGAUUGAUGCGGAGUCGACGCUCUUCCCAGGACUCGAAGGCCUCGAUCACUAUUAGGGAGAGCGAAGAUAGCGAGUCAUCAUCGGUUGAUGGGCACGGAGAGGGCCAAUUGGCUGCUGCGAACGAGUCGCGGAGUCCUGGUGGUGAAAAGGAAGAGGUAGACGGUCCUUCUACGGAAGGUCUUUGGAACCCCCCGCAGGAUCGAGAACCCUUCGACGCGACGACCCCGCCAACCCUCUCGAAGGAGAAGAUGGAGGAUACCCGGAAUUUUAGGAGACCACGGUUGAGGUCCGCUUGGUUGUGCCCGUUAUCGACGCUGGGGGUUACGCUUCUCUCAGCGCUCGUCUUAUGGACUACAAUACAAUCGUUCAGGGAACGGCAGUGUGAUAUCAAGGGGUGUCUGAUCCCGCAAAUGUCCCCCGUGUACAUCCGGGAGAAGGAUUUCGACACGGAACACACGAGAUUUGCCAGCAAAUAUAAUCUCUACCUUUACCGGGAACAUAAUGUGGACGUUGAAUAUCCGCCCAAAGGGGUUCCGGUACUUUUCAUCCCCGGGAAUGCCGGCAGCUACAAGCAAGUGCGACCAAUAGCAGCAGAAGCCGCACGAUAUUUUAAGAACGCAGCAGCCAAGGACGAGUCGUUAUUGGGAGCGGGACAACGGGGGCUUGAUUUCUUCACCGUGGAUUUUAAUGAGGACAUAACAGCGUUUCACGGCCAGACGAUGCUUGAUCAGGCUGAAUAUUUGAAUGAGGCGGUUUCGUACAUUCUUUCGCUGUAUCACGAUUCACGAAAGUCGACAAUGGAUUCGGACCUGCCGGACCCUAGUUCUGUUAUUCUAUUUGGCCACUCGAUGGGUGGAAUUGUCGCCCGUACCAUGUUGAUCAUGCCCAACUACCAGUCGAAUUCCAUAAACACCAUCAUAACAAUGUCUGCACCCCAUGCUCGCCCGCCUGCGCCAUUCGACAAGCAGAUAGUGGAAACGUAUGACGACAUUAAUAGCUAUUGGCGCAAGUCAUUCUCGGCAAAAUGGGCCAAUAACAACCCACUUUGGCACGUGACUUUGGUCUCAAUUGCUGGCGGAGGAUUAGAUACAAUUGUGCCUUCUGACUAUGCUAGCAUUUCGUCUUUAGUGCCUGAUACCCAUGGUUUUACUGUGUUUACGUCUUCUAUUCCCAAUGUGUGGGUUGGCGUAGAUCAUCUUGCAAUUCUUUGGUGCGAUCAGCUCAUGAAAGUUGUAGCUCGCGCUAUGCUGGAUAUUGUUGAUGUAAAAAGGCCUGGGCAGACAAAGGCUCGUGCUGAGAGGAUGAGGAUCUUUAAGAAGUGGUACCUCACUGGUAUGGAGCCAAUUGCGGAAAAGACGCUGCCCCAUAAAGACCCUACUACUCUGUUGACACUUGAUAAUUCCCAUUCUAUCGUCAAUCUUGGCCAGAAACUUAAGCUGGAUGGAGCAAGGGAUGGGAAUUUAGAGGUGCUUUACUGCAGCGUCUUCCCCCUGCAAGCUGGACAGACGGCCGCUUUGUUCUCCAUGAAUAUGGAUCUGUCUGGGGAUAGUUCUGGCUCGACGCGCCUUGCUUGCAAGAAUGCCGCUGAGGAUGUCAUUGAGCUUCCUGCUUCCGUGCGGACCUCCAAACAGCCGUUUGAACGAGCCCAGGCGUUUUCUUAUUUGCAGUAUGACCUCGAGGAUAUAGCUGAGCAUCAGUUUGUGGCUGUUGUGGAUAAGGCUAGUAGAGUGGCGCAGGGUUGGGUGAUUGCAGAGUUUGUGGAGAAGAAGGACUCGUAUAUACGAUCGAAUGCUAGCCUUCGUGGCUUGCUGAUGGAUGGUGUUCAUGCAACUUUGCCAGCGGAACGGCCCUUCGUGACAGAAAUCCAUAUUCCCGUAAUGCACAGUAGUCUGCUGACCUACAAGAUGCGUGUGGGUGUGCAGUCCUGCGGGGAGGAUGGCCAGCUCUUCACUCCGCUCCUCCGUCAGUACCUUGUCGACCCGUAUGAGUCCAAGUUCUUUGUUAAUGUGCACUCUGCGGAUAUCAAUCUUCACGGAUCCGCCCCAUUCAUCCCCCCGGCACUCCGGCCUAGUUCCCAGCGCGGCCUUUCGCUGCAGCUUUGGCUAGAUCCUACGUGCAACAGCACUGUUGAGAUUGAGGUUAGAUUCGAUUUUCUCGGGAGUCUUGGAAGGCUUGCCAUGCGGUAUCGGACCGUUUUUGCUGCAUUCCCGUUGUUGGUUGUCGCGCUUGUUCUCAGGAUUCAAUUUCGGGAAUAUGAUAAUAAGGGCCGCUUUAUGAGUUUUGGGGAAGGUCUUGACAGGCUCAUUCCCAGGACUCUGCCAUAUGUUCUAGUGGCGCUGUCGGCGUUGGCUAUUUCCCUUUCGUUUGCCAAGGCCAAACAGGACAACCCCGUUCCGUCACCUCUGUCAAAGUCCGUGACGGAGCAGUCUGCCACUGCUAUAGAGUUCGCGAAGAAUGAUCUGCUUGUUGGGCUGCAAGAUCCAUUCUUUUGGUUCCUUGCGCCGCUGUUUGCUCUGAUCGCCGUUGGCGUUUGCGUUGUUUUGAAUUACGGGGCGAUGCUGAGUUUGCACUCGUUGACUACUCUUUACACGCUCUUUAGCAAGUGGCCAACCUGGGUUAACAUUGAGCGAAGGUCGAUCACUCCUGCUUUUUCCACUAGCAGCCCCAAGCGACGGAUAAUGACGACCUUGAUGCUCCUGUUCUUUGUCGCGACGCUUAUCCCUUACCAGUUCGCGUACAUGGUUGCUUGCAUUGUACAGAUUGCCACUUGUGUCAGGGCUUUGAAAUUUGCUAGGGAAAAUCGAUCCGGCACGUACUGGGAUUUCUACCAUUACGCGCAUUCUAUCCUCAUCGUGAUGCUCUGGAUCCUACCAAUUAAUCUCCCAGUACUAGCUGUGUGGAUACAUAACCUGACAGUCCACUGGCUCACACCAUUUUCGUCCCACCACAACCUUCUCUCGAUAAUGCCAUUCAUCCUACUCGUCGAAACAUUGACUACAGGGAAUAUGAUUCCCCGGAUCAGGAAUCGACUCUGUCUCGUAACAGACUUACUCUUCCUAGGACUAGCAGCAUAUGCCGCCUUAUAUGGCGUAACAUACGCCUACCGCCUCCACCACCUGGUGAACUUCAUCGCGGGGUGGUUCGUGAUUGUUCACUUUAGCACAGCGCCGCCGACGAUAUCUGGCAUAAUAGACCUAUUUAAUGACGAUGGGGAUGAUGAUGGGUCGAAGAAACGCCAUCAGUGAGACCCUUACGGGGGCUGGGAGAGAUUCACAUACCUGUCUGCCUACCUACUUGCCCGAGGAGAACAACGGGGGGGUACAAUAAGAACUUGAGAUUUUGUAGGAUUAUUAUAAGCAAGAGCGGGGGUUUCUUUUUUUUUUGCUUUUACUUUUUUUUCUCAUGUUUAGAAAGUUCAUCGAGCAGCAAAGCGUUGGACUGUUUUGGAUGGCGUUAUGUAUUCAUUUUUUUUUUUACACUUUUUCUAUAUUUAUUUUUCUGUUUCCUCUUACCAUUUCACUUUCUUCCUUCUUCUGAUACUAACCCUUUCCCAUCGCUCUUUCUCCAUAACCCCCAGCCUGGCCUUUCACUUCCGCAGUACUCUAUUUCCUCCCGCUCGCUUGAUCUGGCUUUAGCUUGGCGAGCUGUGGAGUUGCCAACAGCCCAUUUACCUUCCCUUUAUUCCCCCAACCCAUCGUACUUACCUAUUGUAUACUACCCAUCUUCACCCCUUUCUUUUCUUUUCUUUUCUUUUCUUUUCUUUCUUUCCCCUUUUGGCUAGUUGGUUGUAUUGCCGAGACUGGACGGACGGAACAUUAUUUAAUGACCUUUCUCAUUUUUUUCAUUGUACAUAUCUUUCUUUCACUCCUUGACUGCUGGAUAUCCAUCUCUUGCACAUGUAUUGCUAUUAUCGCUACAUAUCAUAUAUCAUCACAUAUCAAGAAUGA